AUACCGCUAUUGCCCCUAACCUGGCAUGAUAGACAUGCCCAAAAAAUAAACUCCAUUAGUCCUUGCGGAGUUCCUUCUUUCUGAACUACAAAGCUGCAGCAAAGUUUCCGAGAUAGCAUGGGAGACCAUUCGAAUAGAAAGAAGAAGCACAGACAGGAGGACGAUUCUCCCACUUCCUCUACACCUUCACAAUCUCCCUCGGAAUCGUCCGACUCGGAAAUCGAGCGGCAUAGGCGCAGCAGGAAACGGCGUCGCGACGAGAGACGCAGGAUUUCUUCAAAGGGCGACAAGGACAGAGACCGAAAAAGGAGGGAUAAGAAGCACCGGAGUAAACGGAAACAUGGAAGCAGUAGGAGCAGUGGUCGGAAAUCGAGGAGAAGGUAUUCGGAUUCGGACGAGUCGGCUUCUGAUGCCACCGGUUCCGAAUCCGACAAUCCCGAGAGGUCAAGGGAGGAUCCUAAUGAUGUCGUCAACAGGAUUUUGAAGAAGUUCCCUGCCGUAGCUGGUGAUUUGGAGCAGCUUCUGAAGAUGAUUGAUGAUGGACAAGCUGUUGAUAUAAGUGGUUUAUCUGAAAGGUUAUUGGUCAAGCACCUGAGAAAGCUGUUUCUUUCCUUGAAGCUUAAGCAGAAUGGUGAUCUUGUCUUUCUACUGCCAUCAAAAGCGUGUCCUACACUUGAACGUGUGGGAUCAAUAAUUCACUCCCACACGCAGCUUCAAAAUCAACAUCUUGAUAAUUCUGCGUUGCAGAGUAAUAAGCAGUCAAAGUCACCAGAUGCUGAUAGCCAUAAUGCAAACUUGAGUUUGCCAAAUGAAGAGGCUGACACUUAUAAUGCUAAUUUAAGUCUACCUAAUGAAGAAACCUCAGCUCCAAGGAAGAGGAUGAUUGGACCUGCGAUGCCAUCUGCUGAAUUACUUGCUGCAGCUGCCAAACUAGCAGAAGCACAGGAGGAGAUGAGGGAGGCUGAGUUGGAGGAAGAUAGCGAACUGUUUAUUGGACCUCCGCCUCCUGCGGUGGUGACUGAGGCUGAGUCCACAAAUGAAGCAGAGCGUUUUGAAGAGAUUACUAGAAUUAUGGGAGUUGAGGAAGACAAUCCCUAUGAUGUUUUGGGAAUGAACAGAAAUAUGGCAAGUGAAAACAUGAAGAAGAGGUACUGGAAGUUGUCUCUUAUGGUGCAUCCUGACAAAUGUUCUCAUCCUCAAGCUCAGCAAGCAUUUGUUAAACUGAACAAAGCGUUUAAAGAUUUACAAGAUCCAGAUAAGAGAAAAGCAUUGGAUGACAAAAUAAAGCUUAAGGAGGAGCAGGAGGAAAUGAAGGCAGAUUUGCAAGCUAUGCGUGAAGCUGCACAGUGGAGACGUUUGCAAGGUAUAUCCAUGGAGGGUGAUGAUAUACUGUUAGCAGAGGUGGGGGUGAAAGCACCACCAAAAAGAGAUGAAUGGAUGACAACCCUGCCUCCUGAAAGAAAACCUGGCGGCAUGCCAAUGCAUUCAACAACAUUUAGCAAGAGUUCCAAGGAGGGGCGCGGUGAUACUAGUGUCUGGACAGAUGCUCCUUCAGAUAGAGCACUGAAAGCCAAAAUGAAUUAUUUAGAAGCCUACAAUGAGGCUACUGCACUUGCUUCUAAAGAACAGGAUACGAAAAGGGAAAAUGCAGAUGCUGAACUCGUGGAUCAGUACAACAAGGCUAACCGAUCAAAAUCUUUGGUAGAAAAGCAUCAAGAGAAAGCUCGGAGCAAGUCCAAGAAAAAAGCAAAGCAGGGGGAGGUGGAGAAAGAAGAAUGGGAAGGAAACCAUCCAUGGAAACCUUGGGAUCGCGAAAAGGAUUUGACGGCUGGAAGGCAAAGUGUGAAACUCGACGCCGAAAAUAUGACAAAGGGUUUGACUUCCAGAUUUUCUUCUGGGUCUUUCCAAAGGAACUUCCUCUAGAUGGCAAGGGUAAACACAACUUGUCUGGGAGAAAGCUUGAGGCUGCCCAGCAAUAUUGUCUUUGAAUUUGAUUGCUCCUUUUAUCUAAUUUUUCUUUCAACAUCUUUAUACAAUUCAAACUUUUCAAAAUGAGAAAUUGUAUACAGAGUAUAUACUAAUGUAAACUGCUCACAUCCCGUUUCCAGUGUGG